AUGUCGUUGAAUCCGACCGAAGAUGAGAGAAAUGGCAAAAGAAUCAAGGUUGGAGCUUCUUCCCGUGAAAAAUGGAACGUUCCCGCUUCGGUCGUAUCUAAACGGACCGUCAAUCCUAUUCGUGAAGUGGUUUUUAAUAUGAAAGUCGCGGCAAAUCCCAAUAAAGAGCAAAUUUCAUUAGCCUUGGGCGAUCCCACUCACUACGGAAAUUUUAAACUUCCGGAAAACUGCAUUGAGUCAGUCAUAAAGCAGCUGAAAUCCUACAAGGCGAAUGGAUAUCCUCCGGCGAUAGGAAAAUAUUCUUUUCGAAUAAAAUUCCAACUGUGCUCUCGUGUUUUAGGUUGUGAUGAAGCGCGAGAAGCCUUGGCACAAAAAUUUUCGACCAAGGAAGCUCCGUUAACUUCAAAGGAUAUCAUUCUUGCUAGCGGUGCUUCGGAUGCUUUGAAUCUUUCUAUUGUUGCUCUUUGUAAUGAAGGUCAAAAUAUUCUUAUUCCCAGACCCGGGUUUUCACUUUACCAAACGAUCUCUGAAUCGAAAGGAAUCGAAUGUCGUUAUUAUAACUUGUUGGCAAAACACCUAAUCUCCCUAAUCGAUGAUCAAACAGCGUGCAUUUUAAUAAACAAUCCAUCUAACCCUUGUGGCUCUAAUUUUACUCGCCAACAUUUAGAAUCACUACUCACCGUUGCUGAAACUUAUAAACUCGUGAUCAUCAGCGAUGAAAUUUACGAAGAUAUGGUAUUUGGAGACGAGAAAUUCUACCCCUUGGCCUCAUUAACCACUACGGUUCCAAUUCUAAAAGUUAGUGGACUAGCCAAGCGAUUUUUAAUACCGGGAUGGAGGGUUGGGUGGAUUUUUAUUCAUGAUCGCAACGAGGUUUUGUCAGAGAUUCGCCAAGCUUUAUUCGCCUUGUCCAAUCUAAUACUAGGAGCGAACUCUUUGAUACAAUAUUCUUUGUCCGACAUGAUUUUAAAUACACCUGAUGAAUUUUUUCUUGAGACCAACAAAAAAUUGGAAGUUAAUGCUAAAUUAUCUACCGAAAUACUAUCCAGCAUACCAGGAUUACACGUUAUAGUGCCUCAAGGAGCGAUGUACGUGAUGGUUGGAAUUAACAUUGAUGAAUUCAGGGAUAUUAAGAAUGAUGUGGAAUUUUCGGAGAAGUUACUUGAAGAGGAGUCGAUCAUGUGUUUGCCAGGAAAAAUCAAGAUCAUUUUUUAUGUUAUGGAAAGUAAAGGUGUCUCUCCUGGAGACCCGAUGAACGUGGAUCUCUCAGAGAAUAAUACUGUCGUCACUCCUGAAGUACAGUCAACCGAUACCCCGACCUCGCGAACAAAGACAAAAAAAUCGAAAUGGGAGUCCGAAAGCGAUAAAGAAGAAUCUGAAAGUGACGAGCAAAGCUCACAACCAGAACUUGCAGCUGAGGGAAUCAAAAGGCUGAAAGUAUCACACGACGGGCAGAAAUCGAGGACUCCUUCAAUUAAUUCAGGCUCUCCUGUUGUCGAACCGACAAAUGAGAUAAUCGAGAUCUCAUCUCCUUCUGCCAACGUUGAAACAACAACGCCUCAGGCAAACGUAGAAAAAGUUAUCAAGCCUAUGCAAACUUCAAGACCGCCUAUGAUUACGGGGUGUCGUAGCGUGGAUAAUUAUGAGAAGCUAAAUAGAAUCGAAGAGGGUGCUUACGGGGUAGUUUUUCGCGCACGGGAUAAAGCCACAGGUGAGAUCGUGGCAUUGAAGAAGCUGAAGCUGGAUAAGGAAAAAAAUGGUUUCCCGAUUACUUCUUUACGUGAAGUGGACAUUUUGCGUUUUUUACGCUUGGAAAAACAUCCAAAUAUCGUGAAUGUUAGAGAGCUCGUAGUUGGGGAUACAUUAACUCAAAUCUUUAUCGUUAUGGACUUUGUGGAACAUGAUCUCAAAAGUUUGAUGGAAGAUAUGCAAAGCCCUUUCUUGCAAUCUGAGGUCAAAACUAUAAUGUUGCAACUUUUAUCUGCUGUCGCGAUGCUACAUGACAGUUGGAUCGUUCAUCGUGAUUUGAAGACUUCAAACCUAUUGUUAAAUAAUCGAGGUCAGAUCAAAGUGGCAGAUUUCGGUUUGGCGAGAAAAUACGGUAGUCCGCUUGGUCCAAUGACAGGGUUAGUCGUAACAUUGUGGUAUCGAGCACCGGAGCUACUGCUAGGCAUCAAAGAGUAUUCAACUGCCGUGGAUAUGUGGUCAGUUGGUUGUAUAUUUGGCGAAUUGGUAAAUAAAGAACCUUUGCUACCUGGACGCGCAGAGCUUGAUCAAUUAAACAAGAUCUUUGAAUUGUUAGGAAUGCCUAAUGAAAAGAUAUGGCCUGGAUUCUCAAAGUUACCUUACGCAAAAAAUAUACCAUACUCCAAACAAUCGCACAACACGUUACGUAGUAGAUUUCCAUAUUUAACAGAAAACGGCAUUAAUCUUAUGUCAAAAUUACUAACCUAUGAUCCGGCAAAACGGAUCACUGCUGAAGAGGCGUUGAAACAUCCUUACUUCACAGAAAGUCCAUUGCCUAAAGAUCCAGAAAUGUUCCCAACGUGGCCAUCGAAAGGUGGUGGCGAGAGGCGCAAGUCUUUCAUCAGUCCAUCAGCGCCCAAAGCUGCGCACGGAGCCGGAGAGUUUGAUGAAGAAGAACAGGCGUUUUUAGGAUCCAUUUUUGAGAAUCAAGGUGGAAACGAUUAUGGAUUCAGGCUUAAG